AUGUCUUCGUCUUCUGAAGACGGAGGAGACCUUUCCUCCGAACUUGACCUCAUGCUCCGGCCAGCUGAACAGUCUGGUCAGCAAGAACCCGCGCUCUUUUUCACCAAGCUCAACUACGAUAUCAGGGAGAAGAUCUACCGCGAAGUCUUCGGAUGCAACCGAAUUCACAUCAUUGCGUCACUCAUCAAGAUGCGAGGUACUAUUCAACGCCGCUGGACACAUGCCAUCUGUGAGGAGCCAGAGUUUUGUGAACCUUGGGAUCCAUGUUACCCUCAUGCCUUCGAUGGCGGCUCUCCCUACAUGCUGGAGGUGAAUUGCUUGGAUAUCAACUUUCUGCGUACCUGCAAGCAAGCUAACAAAGAGGGGAUGGAUGUUAUUCAUCAGUCAAGCACCUUCGUCUUUGGCGAGCCACUCGAGUACAUCAAUUUUGUGCAGAUCUUCCAUCCACCCAUCACAUCUGCCCAUUUCGGCUACCGAAGCAUUGGUUGGGAGCGAGCAGUUCCACAGCUGGACCUACUCACCUGGGCUCUGGACUGCUUGGCUAAACCCACCAAAGUCAAGCUUUCGGUAUAUUCUAACAACUUCAAAUCGCCACAAGAAGGGUCACGAAUCAUGACUCCCAAGGCACUGGAUCGGUUCCUAUCGAUUGGGCUCUCCAAGGUAACCAUUAAGUUCCCAUUCAUGUAUGAGGAAAUUCGAGAACUGGUCGAGCAGAGUGGCCCCGAUGUUUCUUUCGACUUUGAUCCCGGCUCAUCUAAAGGCCUUUCUCUAUUUGACUCCGAAGAGGAAGGCCAAGAAGGCCCCCAGAACGGGCUUCAACAACAGUCUGAUGACACUCCUCAAAGUGGGUAG